UGUCCUGGGGACGCCGUGACGCUGCGGCGUGCGCUCCGCAGCGCGGGAGUGAAGUCUGUCGAAUUGCUUUCUAGCCUGGAUACCUGAGUUCCAGGCCCUGCUGUUGUGGCGCUUCACAAGUCAUCCAGCUGAAGGAGGAGGCCGGUUGAACUGACUCUUCUCAGGAUAUUUAUUGAGCACUCCCCUAGGCUCUGGGGAUACCAACAAUGAACAAAACGGGCACAAGUCUUUCUGCUUUUGGACCUUUCAUUUUGGAGAGAGAUAGACAAGCCUACUAAGAUGAAUGAAAAAAAGUUGGAAACAACUCCACAGCAGCGGAAACUUCCUGAAUGGAUGUCUGUGCAGAAUGAGACCUGUCCUGCAGUAGAAGGAAAGGCAUCUAUUCAGAAGAGUGUUUUCGAAGAUGACCUCCCUUUCUUAGAAUUCACUGGAUCCAUUGUUUAUAGUUUUGAAGCUAGUGAUUGUUCUUUUCUGUCGGAAGAUAUUAGCACCAGUCUAUCUACUGGAGGUGUGGUAGGAUUUGACAUGGAAUGGCCACCAAUAUACAAUAAAGGGAAACUGAGCAGAGUUGCACUGAUUCAGUUAUGUGUGUCAGAGAGCAAAUGUUACUUGUUUCAUAUUUCUUCUAUGUCAGUUUUUCCUCAGGGAUUAAAAAUGUUGCUUGAAAAUGAAGCAAUUAAAAAAGCAGGUGUAGGAAUCAAAGGAGAUCAGCAGAAACUUCUGCGUGACUUUGAUAUCGAUUUGAAGAAUUUUGUGGAGCUGACAGAUGUUGCCAAUGAAAAGCUGAAAUGUACAGAGAUCUGGAGCCUCACUGGUUUGGUUAAACACCUCUUUGGCAAACAGCUUCUGAAAGACAGAUCUAUCCGCUGUAGCAAUUGGAGUGAUUUUCCUCUCACUGAGGAUCAGAAACUAUAUGCAGCCACUGAUGCGUAUGCCGGUCUCAUCAUUUAUCAAAAAUUAGAGAUUUUAGGUGGUGCUGUGCAAAGGUUUGCUAUAAAUAAAAAAGAGGAGGAAAUGCUACCUAGUGAUGUGAAGAAACAAUUGACUUCAAUCUCUGAGGAUAUGAUGGAUCUGGCUAAGCGUCUUCCUGACACUUUGAAAAAAUUGGAAAAUCCACAGAGGAUUUCUAUACUAUUAAGUGAUAUUUCAGAAAAUCUGUAUUCAUUGAAGAAGAUGAUACCUGGUUCUACCGAGACCAUUCAGUUUUUACCAUUGGAAGAUCCAACUGCUGAUGGAGUACAACAGAAACAAAUUAGAGAACAUAAAAUUUUUACUAAAGUUAAAGAUGAGACAUGGGACACAACACUUGAUAAUUUAAUAAAACACGAUGAAGGAAAUGUACUUCAAAAUGAAGUGAAACAAGAAGAAGAUGGACUUGAAGCUGGAUUAGAAGAAGGCAAUAAGUUGAAAGAGAACACAGAAAGAAUUUGUUUGAUGUCGUUAGAUAUUACAGAACAUGAACUCCAGAUUUUGGAACAGCAGGCUCAGGAAAAAUUUCUUAAUGAUGCUACUUGCAAAUCUCCUGAGCAUUUAUCUUCCAAGGAUAAUGAAGAGGAUCUAUCUUAUGUAAUUGAAAGUGAUGAAGAUUUAGAAAUGGAGAUGAUUAAGUCUUCAGAAAAUCUAAAUACUGGCACGGCAGAUCCUGUUCAUCCAAAAUGUAUAAAAAUGGGAAGAAAUCUGGAUGUUCCUUUUGAAGAUGAUGAAGAUGAGAUUGAAGCUAUUGAAGACGAAGAAGAUGAUGCAGACCAUUCAUUACCAGGACCUAAUGCAAGCCAAAUUAAUUCCCUCAAGAUCUAUUUUGGCCAUUCCAGUUUUAAGCCGGUUCAGUGGAAGGUGAUUCAUUCUGUUUUGGAAGAAAGAAGAGAUAAUGUUGUUGUGAUGGCAACUGGAUAUGGAAAGAGUUUGUGCUUCCAGUACCCACCUGUGUAUUCAGGCAGGAUUGGCCUUGUCAUCUCUCCUCUUAUUUCUUUGAUGGAAGACCAAGUGCUCCGGCUUAAAAUGUCCAACAUUCCAGCUUGUUUUCUGGGAUCAGCACAACCAAAAAAUGUUCUAGAAGAUAUUAAAUCAGGCAAAUACCGGAUUGUAUACAUAACUCCAGAAUUCUGUUCGGGUAACUUGAGCCUACUCCAGCAACUUCAGGCCAGUAUUGGUAAAGUAAUUUUAAAGUUGCAUUUUUAACACUGUUCCUCUUGUAGUUGUCAUCCAGCCUGUUUGUAAGAAGGCAGUAGAAAUGUUGGGAAUUCAUGAGCGCUCUCCUUUUUUAAAAAUCAAUUUCAUUUCAUUCAGGUUCCAAUUGUUGCACUCACUGCUACUGCAAGUUCUUCAAUCCGGGAAGACAUUGUACGCUGCUUAAACCUGAAGAAUCCUCAGAUUACCUGUACUGGUUUUGAUCGACCAAACUUGUAUUUAGAAGUUGGGCGAAAAACAGGAAACAUCCAUCAGGAUCUUGUCCAAUUUCUUGUCCAAAAGACAAGUUCCACCUGGGAAUUUGAAGGUCCAACUAUCAUCUAUUGUCCUUCCAGAAAAAUGACAGAACAAGUUUCAGCUGAACUUAAGAAACUGAAGUUAGCUUGUGGAACAUACCAUGCAGGCUUGGAUGUUAAAUCAAGGAGAGAGGUUCAUCAUAGUUUCAUGAGAGACGAAAUUCAGUGUGUCGUGGCUACCAUAGCUUUUGGAAUGGGCAUUAAUAAAGCUGACAUUCGCAAAGUCAUUCAUUAUGGUGCUCCUAAGGAAAUGGAAUCAUAUUACCAGGAGAUUGGGAGAGCUGGCCGUGAUGGACUUCAGAGUUCUUGUCAUGUACUCUGGGCUCCAGCAGAUAUUAACAUAAAUAGGCACCGCCUUAGUGAGAUUCCCAAUGAAAAGUUUCGAUUAUACAAAUUACAGAUGAUGGGAAAGAUGGAAAAAUAUCUUCAUUCCAGAAGGUGUAGGCGAAAACUCAUCUUGUCUCAUUUUGAAGACAAACAACUACGAAAGGCCUCCAUGGGUAUUAUGGGAACUGAAAAAUGCUGUGAUAAUUGCAGGUCCAGAUUGGAUACUUGCUCUUCCAUUGAUGACUCAGAUGAUACAUCACAGGACUUUGGUCCACAAGCCUUCCAGCUAUUAUCUGCUGUGAAAAUCUUAGGAGAAAGGUUUGGAAUUGGGCUUCCGAUUUUAUUUCUCCAAGGAUCUAAUUCCCAGCGACUUCCUGAUCAGUAUCGCAGACACAGUUUAUUUGGCAGUGGCAAGGAUCAAACGGAGCAUUGGUGGAAAGCUUUGUCCCACCAGCUCAUGGCUGAGGGAUUCUUGGUAGAAGUUCCUGGGAAACGCAAAUUUGUAAGGAUUUGCACUCUUACAGAAAAGGGCAGAUGUUGGCUCCAUGAAGCUGGUACAGACUUUCCUAAGAAACUUAUCCUUCAAACUAAUGAAGAAUUAUGUCCGAGGGUGUUUCUUCUACCAAGUUCUAAAACUGUACCACCUGGCAUUGAACAGCGUUCCUCUAAUCAAGUACCAACUGAAUUAACCACAGAGAAGAAGCCUAACUUGGAGAAGAUGUAUUCUCAUAAAGGAUCUGAUAAAAUUUCUUCUGGGAGAAACAUUCCUAAAAAAAGCAUCACGGUGCAUUCACCAGGAAAAUCUUGCAAGUCCUCAGAACCUGUUAUUUCAGCUCAAGAGCAGGAGACUCAGACUGUGUUAUAUGGCAAAUUGGUUGAAGCCAGGCAGAAACAUGCCAAUGGAAUGGAUGUCCCUCCAGCUGUUCUGGCAACAAAUAAAAUACUGUUGGAUAUGGCCAGAAUGAGACCUACUACAUUUGAAAAUGUGAAAAGGAUCGAUGGUGUGUCUGAAGGCAAAGCUAAUAUGUUGACCCCUCUGUUGGAAGUUAUUGAACAUUUCUGUCAAAUAAAUAGCAUUCAGACAGACCUCUUUUUAAGGACAACACUUCAGGAAGAACAAAGGAAGAGUGUGGUGGCAAAAAAUGAAGUACGCUCCCUUUCACAGUCUGUGGCCAUCACAUAUUAUUUAUUCCAAGAAAAGAAGAUGUCUUUGAUAAGUAUAGCCAAGGACAGGAUUAUGCCUCUCACAGCAGUUGGGAUGCACUUAACCCAAGCGGUGAAAGCUGGCUGCCCGCUUGAUAUGGAACAAGCAGGCCUGACUCCAGAGGUUCAGAAGAUUAUUGUUGAUGUUAUCCGAAACCCUCCCAUCAACUCAGAUAUAAAUAAAAUUAAACUAAUUAGAAAGCUGGUUCCUGAAAACAUUGACACCUACCUUAUCCACAUGGUGAUUGAGAUCCUGGAAAAAGACUGUGACAACAGACUCUUAGACCAGCUUUCAUGUGCUUCCAACAAAAAGAGAUAUUUCCCCAACUCUGAAGAGAGCUGUUCAAGUUCUAAGAGAAGCAGGGAAGAAGUAGGUGCUAAUACCAAGCCUCCGUCUGUAACCUCAAAGAGAAAAUUACCUGAGUGGUUUGCCAAAGACAAUGAGACUUUAGCUGACACCAGCAAGAAAUCAAUGGCCAAACCAAAAAAGAAAGGUCUUUUUAGUUAACCUGGCAAUUGCCAGAGGAAUUGUGUGUGUCUUGCUCUAUUAUAAGAGAGGAGCUGUGUUUCAUUUUUGAAAAUAAUGGCGACCGAUACUUCAGUUUACAAAGUGUUCUAAUCUCAAAAGUAAAACUAACCCAUUUGUUCAACAGCUGUAAAACAGCCUUGUGCAGUUUAUGAAAGUUGAGUCUUCU